GGUCACAAGGUCACAACCUCCUGGGUCGAAAUCAAAACAAAGAUGGCCGCCCCCCGGAAGUAGGCAGGAGUCAACAGCCGAGAACCAGGAUUACUUUUUCAGUUCCCGACGUGGACAUUGUACCGAAGUGCCGAGAAGAGUCUUCGUGGGACCUGAAAACACGAUGAUCUCCUCUGCACUGACGAGGAAGGCAGGAGUUAUGACCCAGGAUCCUGAAAUAACUGAACACACCAAGGAGAAGAGGGUGGAUAGGAUGUUCAGCCUUGCUCUUUGUGGAGGUAUAUUCCCUGAAAUAAAGACAAUGAAUUAUACCAAAAGGGAACCUGGGUGAAGCAAAAACAACACCUCACAGUUAGUGAUACACACAACCUUAUUAAUAUUAUGAUCAGGUCUGCAAGAGAGGACGAGGACACAUUGAAAAGCUGCAAUGAUGCUGACUGUUAAAAAGUCACAUUGGAACAGAAGACCCUCAGAUGCAAAAAAUCUGCUGUGUAACAAAGUUUUGGAAUUGCAAAUUUGCAGGCCUGGAGGCAUUUGUCAAAGGAGCGACUGAGCCACGCUUAACUGGGCACUAUGAGGCAACAUCACAAGCUGAGGAGUCGAAUGCGACACAAUGACGCCUCCGUACAGUGCGACACAGGCACUUCCACCUCCCCCCUUCCCUCCCUCCCUCCCUCCCGGGUCGGAACAAGCGCAGCAGCGACCGAACUCCGAGUCCAGUCCGAGACACAGUGAUCGGGCUUCGGCCUCAGGUGCAUCUCUGAGGCGGGGCGACGCGGAGGUCCAGGUGUUGUGGAGGCAUGGACUGUAACUGCGUCAGUGAUCUGCUGCUCCCCCCGGUGCCCGCACUCUGGACACCAGGGUUUGCUUUCCCAGACUGGGCCUACAAGCCCGAGUCAAGUCCCGGCUCCAGACAGAUCCAGCUGUGGCACUUCAUCCUGGAGCUGCUGCAGAAGGAGGAGUAUCAGGGGGUGAUCGCCUGGCAGGGGGACUACGGCGAGUUCGUCAUCAAGGACCCAGACGAGGUGGCCCGGCUGUGGGGGUUAAGAAAAUGCAAACCCCACAUGAACUAUGACAAGCUGAGCAGGGCACUGAGGUAUUAUUACAACAAGCGCAUUUUGCACAAAACCAAAGGGAAACGUUUCACCUACAAGUUUAACUUCAGUAAGGUCGUGCUGGUGAACUACCCCAUCCUGGACAUGGCCAACUCUCCCUUCUUUCUGGCCCAGAAUCACUUCAAUGGGGGCUCCACCGCACCCGACUGCACCCCAGAGGCCAUACAGUCCCUGUUUCCCCGUUUGCCAGACUCCGGCAGAGGAACAUCCCUGUUUGAUCGAGGGACCACAGCACCAGGGCCUGAGGGAGACAAGCUACGACUGGACGCAUUCCCUUUCCUCGGUUCAGGUGCCCCAUGCUACUCCAAACCCCCGUCCCUGCUGGGCCCGUACCCUCGCAACCCACCCUUUGACUACCCCUGGGGCUUCAACCCCUACCUCCCAGGGGCCUUCUCUCUCAAUAACUGCCCCAAACUGCCCCCUGGCUCCCUCUACCCCUCCCAGUUUUACCCCAACCCUUUGCAGAGCAGCCUAUCCCAGCUGCCUCACCCCUUCUCCUCCCUGCUCCCCCCUGGGGAGGCAGGUGGGGGUGAAAGGGGAGUGGCAGGGCAAACCGGGGGGACAAACGGCACAGCGGGUGGUCAGCCAGCCAGACUAUGCCUGCCACCCUACCCAGGGAGCCUGACGAUGGGUCGGACGGACAUUGGCAACGGGGCGACACUUGGUGAACGGGUGGUGGCCAGUCCUCCAGUUUCUGGGCUGAGUCUGAGUCUGGGGCUCGGAGCAGUCGGGUUGGGAGCCGGAACUGGGGCGGACCAGCAGAGCCCCACGGAGAGGAGAGGAGGGGUGAAGCAGGACCCGGAGUCGGACUCAGACCUGGAGAUCACAGACCUGAGCGACUGCAGCUCGGACAACGAAAACGACCAUGAGUUUGGCUUGGGGAAAGAAUCCCGCCUGGCGAACCGGCCACAGAUCCUGUUGGAUGGAAAGAAAGGGAGCGCCCUGCCGCCGAUCACCUCUCUCCCCCCGCCAGUGUCACCACAUCCUCUGAAGAGCCUGAUUCCUGUCAGUCCCCCUCCGCCGUCCCUGGCUCCGUCACUCUCCCCUUCCUUGGCUCGUCAUGAAAGACACAGGGAGACAGAGACUCUCAAAAUGAUACACAGCUAAUACAUCCUGUGUCCACCAUCUUGCCAGUCUAUGCCCUGAUAACUCUCUUCUUCUCUCCUUUCGUUUCUCUGAGAGCCUUUUUCUGCUUUAAAUGACCAACACUGCGAUCAGUCUUGAUAAAUACUUUUUCCAGGGAAGGCUGUAGAGUUCUUCUCUCCUAAAAUUACUGUUUCCCUGUUUGCUGUCUAAGUUUUUACUUGCCUACACUCCAUUACACCACUGACUUCUCCAUCUCAGAACAUACAGGGCUUAUGCUUUUUAGGGCAUCAGCAGUCUGUAACACCGUCUUGUCUUUUCUGCUUUGACCGCUCACACUAAAUAAUCGCUCCAUGGUCAAUACACUUGUUUACGCAUCACGAGCAGUACUCUGCAAUUUGCUGUCCACAGACAAGCUAUGACAGAAGGCACUGAGUUAUUAAUACAACAGCAUCCCUAUACUAACGAAACAAAACAAGAAAUGAUGCUCAGAUCCACCCAAUUUGACAGAAUUGUACUAAAUAAAUAUAUGUAAUAUAUAUGUGUGUAUAUAUAUAUAUUACAUAGAGAAAAUUAUUUUGAGACAUAGUCAAAUACUGCCACCUAGUGUUCUGUUUAGUCAACAUCUCUUCAGAGGGAUCAUCUCCUCUCCAUGAUCUUACUCUCACCCCAAAGUUAAUUUUGCACUUACUUAUAUAUGAUAUA